GGCGCGGUGUUCAGAUUCACUGUUGUCGUGGCGCUUGUGGUGAAGAAGUUGGUGCUUGGCGGGGGCCCCAGGACGGAAGGCGCGGCCCGGGUGGCCUCUGGCCCUUUCCUAGCCCCUCCACCCCCGCCUGCCUUCUUCCUCCCUCCUCUGGCAGGAUGAGGCGUGCAGGCCUGGGUGAGGCAGUCCCUCCUGGCAACUACGGUUACGCUGGCAGCGGCUACAGCGCCUGUGAGGAGGAGAACGAGAGACUCACCGAAAGUCUGAGGAGCAAAGUCAGUGCUAUCAAAUCUCUGUCCAUUGAAAUAGGCCAUGAAGUUAAACAUCAAAAUAAAUUGCUAGCUGAAAUGGAUUCACAGUUUGAUUCUACAACAGGGUUUCUAGGGAAAACUAUGGGAAAACUAAAAAUUUUAUCCAGAGGAAGCCAAACAAAGCUUUUGUGCUAUAUGAUGCUGUUUUCAUUGUUCGUGUUUUUUGUCAUUUAUUGGAUUAUGAAACUGAGGUGAUGCAAGUAAGUGUGAGUUUAGAAUUUAUUCCCACCUGAUGGCUUGGAUUACCACUUUGAUAAAAAUCAGCAUCCAGACAUUCCUAAUUUUCAAAUACUGUGACCUUUCCCAUGGAAGAUGAUUGGAUUUUGCUUAUUUUGUAAAUCACACGAGAUAAUACAUUGCUCUUUAAAUACUGUUCAUCAGUGGUUCAUUUUAGCCCCGAUUUUCAGGGGAAUUGAGAUGGCUGAAUGAUAUAGAUGGUCAGUAUGCUUUACCGAUUUUUUGUUCUAACGUUUGCUCCUUGUAAAAUUAAAUAGCAAUAUAAAAUUCUGUUGUUACUAUAAAUGUAAGUAUAUGUUUUAUGUAAGGAAACUUAAUGGGUGAGUAACAGAAUGGCUGGCAAGCCUGCAAAUGAUCUCUUGAGGUAGGAAACCAGUUUGUUAUGGAAUAGCAAAUGUGUUUGUAUCAAGUGUCAUCAACCAUAUAACCCAUAUACUCCCCUUUCCUCCUCUAUUUGUUAAAACUAUAGGCAAGCUUCUUUUAUCAACAAUUUUCUUUGUACCUAAGGAUCUUGGUUUUAAAAAACCUUAUUUCUGGGUUGUUUCUAGAAGGGCCUAAUGUACAAGUGUACCAGUGUAGUUGCUGUGUUAUAUUAACCUUUUAAGUACUAUUGACUUGGCUUACCUAUAGUUUUAUGAUUUUCAUUACGUAGGUGGGCCAUGUGUGUGACAGAACAUUGUGAAGUUAAGUAAUUACUAAACACUGAGUGGCAUAAAGUGUUGAAGAAAGUGAAUUGCUUCUGCUGUAUGAUGUGCUCAAAAUAGCAAAAAUAUUCAAACAUUGAAUUUGGAGUUAGAAGGAGUUUUGCUUUCAUCCAUGUAUUUGUUUAAAGAAAGCAAAACAAAGUAGACUUGAGAAAAAAAAUUGAAAUAUUGUUUAAUACUUCAUAUUGUCACUAUUUUACAAUUUACCCAUUUAUAGGCUUCAAAACUAAAUGUUUUAUUAAAUCAUAUUAAUUGACUUUAAUGCUUCUCUGCUUAAGUCUUAUUUCUUGAUAAAGAAUUUGAGAAAUCAUUCUGAUAACUCAGAUUCUGAAUGGAACCAAGCAUGUUUAACAUUCCUGCUGUGUAAGAACUUGCUUCAAAUAAGGCCAGUGUUGAGUACAGUUUUAAAACCUCUUCAUUUGUAUUUUUAGUAUUUUUAGUCUGUCCUCUUUGGUUUUACUUGAGUUUUCAGUGGUUUUUGUCUUAUUCCCAAUUAACUGUUAGUUCAGCUCUUCUUUUCCUGGCUGCAGUGGUUCCUGUCGUCCCUCUGUGUGCCAGAUAAGCCUGCCAGGUCUCUGUGUCCAUGGGAGAGAUACAGGGUUGAGUUAGAGGAACUGAGUUCAGAUCUCUUACUUGCUUUAGGGACUCUGUUUCUUCAUUAUAUCACCUGUUCCAUGGAAUUGCUGUGAGAAGUAGAUAGGCUAAUAUAUUGGAAAGUGCCUGACAUAUGAUAAUGUUAAUUCUGUGAACAGUUACUCACUACUAUUAACAGAAAUUUUAAGUCAGAAAAAGGAGUUUUGGUAAGGGGAAGACAGUAGAUCGGUCAGACUUUGAGGUAAUGAUGCGACCUCCAAGUAAAUAUUUCUGUCAGGCAGAUGAAAAGUGACCCAUUAAAAACUUAUUUUUUUUCCUAUAUGUGUGCCAAUUAUGUGGUACCAGAACUAGACUCUGAAAUAAUUGCCAGGAAUUAAAUUAGUUGCAAAAGGCCAAAGAGAAAACCUAAAUUGCUUUAAGAUAAAAAUAGAAAAGAGCAAGCAAUAGAAAUAGAAAAGAUAGCAGGAUCUAUGAAAACUGGUGAUGGCAAGAGAAGGAUGGGUUUUAGGAUUAAGCUGUGGCUAAUGUUUGAAAGGCCUUUGUGAAGUAUUAGAACACUGGAUAAAGUUGACUGUUACCAGGAGGCUGAGGCUCCAGGAGAUGUUUGGGUGAUGGCUCAGUGUUUCUUAUGAAUUUCGUUUUAAGAACUGGCUAAAAUGUGUCUUUUCCUGGUAUUUCCUGCCACUUGUCAUCUCACUGUACUUGCUGAAGUUCCUGGAAGUUGGGGAAGCCCCAGGCAGCACAUCCUGCCUUCUCCAUGGGGACCCCUAGAAAACAACACUCCCAGAAAUUAAACUUGUGAAAAAUAUCUGAUGUGGAAAGUUGGACACUAGGCAUUUGCAAGCUCAUUGCUAAUUCUGUGAAAGACUCACUUGGUACAGGUUUCUGGGAUGUUGAUUAUAAAGAUGGAAUAUAAAAUGUUCACAUUAUAAUCUUUAUUCAAACAACAUAAUGCCUACAGGUGUUUGGGUUGUAGAAGGAACAUUUUAAAUGGUAAAGGAAAUUCUGUAAAUGCUUUGUAAAAAUCCCAGAUGUUCACAAUUUCUCUGAAGCUCUAGUGAUUUUAUUUCUCUAGGAGUUCGUUCUUGGAAAUGUACCAAACCCAUUUGCGGAAAAUACAUUAUAAUGGAUAUCAGACAUGGAUGUCCACAUUCACAAAUGAGGGAAAGCAUAUCUGAAGUACCACAUCUCAGCAGUGAGGAAAGGGAGAACUAUUCUUGAUAGAAUCUAAGCUAGCAUGCUAAUAUUGCUUGAGCAGAGAGUAGAUGUCAGGUCUAAAACAAAUAUUUGGCAUUUGAAGCAUCAGAACUAUGGGGGAAGAACACCAGCACCCCCUCCCAUCAAAAGCAUCUGAUUCUACAAAAUUAACUAGUUCACCAAAUUUUUCAGUGCUUUGAUAUUCUAGAAUAUCUAUAUUGAGUUUGCUGUGACAAAUUUUAAAAGGUGCUUCAUAAUUUGUAUUCAUUUGGUUAGUAAAUCAGAUCAUACCAUACUGGUGUGCAAACAUUGAUUUAAUGUUUACUGGGAAACAGAGAGCUGGGAAGUGCCACUCCUUGAGCCUAAGCUCUGGGCCUACCACUCACUCACGUUACGAUUUUGAGCUAUGACCUUUCUGUCUCAGUUACGCUGUUCAUAAAGGCCAACAUCUCACAUAGAAUGGCCAGAUUGAGCUCUGGAUCCAGCUCUGGAUCCCAGCUUCCUGCUAAUGAGGAUCCCAAGAGGUGGAGAGAUGGCUCUCAUGUCACUGGGCUCCUAGCACCCCUGUGGCAGGCUUGUAUUCUUUCCCUCACUGUUGGCUGUGGCCCUGUUCUGGCUAUAGUCCAGUCCCAGACUUAAAAUUUUGGGAAUGAAACUGCAGAUGGAAUCAAUCUCUCCCUCUCUCUCUGUCUUUCCUCUCUGUCAUGUCAAAAUUUUAAAAUACUGUAUAAAGAGAGUGGUUAUACAUUCAUGAACUUAUUGUAAUAAUUACAUGAAGUAUUACUUUAAGGAAGUUUGAGUAUAGUUGAACCCUUCGUCAUGCUGGCUUGGGGUACUUGGGAAUUCUAAUCUGUUACAUCAAGACAUGCAGCUGCUAGAACUUUGGCUACUCGCUCUUCCCUCCAUUCGACCAGGAAUGAAAGCAGCUGUUCUCUGUUCUGGGGAGAGUUCAUCAUUUUCUGGAAUUUAGUUCACUUAGGUUUCUUUGCAUUCUCAGUACCCUGAUGACUUUUAUUUAUUUAUUGGUUUUGCUUUGUUUUUAGCUCGUACGGCUUGUUUUAGGUUAUUAAAAUGAGAGCAGUAUAGCUUUCAACUUUAUGGAAGCAUAAACUUGAAAGAAGCUCAGAGAAUUGCUAUAGAGGUGUGAUAAGCAGCUAAUAAACAUUCAAUUCCCUUUUACUUCUUUAGUUUUUUUUUUCCCCAUUUUUGGAAUUCAUUGACUUAUAGUGUCAGAUAAAGUAUUCAGGUUAUUUUCUUUUUCAUUUACAAAAUAUCAGCAGUUAUUCUUAACAAUACAAAAUCAAAUGACACUGUAUUUGAUGCACAUUAUGUAUUGUUAGAGAUCGCAGUGGAUUUUGAUAAGAAUCACGGAAAUCAUGUAUAACCUGUUCUGGAAAAAAUUGCCACACUUGAGAUGUUAGCUCUUAUGCCAAGCGAAUUUCUGAAUUUUAAUCUUGUUUCCAGUGAUAUUUUUGGUAAGGGGAAGGUGUGGAGGCAUCCCUGAUUUGCAGUAAGUGUUUUGUGCUAUAAAUAGUCUUACUGAUUUCGAGUCACUGAAACAUAGUUGUGGAACAUACAGUAAGUCCUCAUAAGGUAGUACUAAACAGUGCCACCAAAUCCUGGUUAUGCUGAUGAUAAAUGUUCUUUCAAAGGGUAUAGUAGUUGCUGUUUUCCAAAUGAGAUUCUUUCCUUUAAACCUUAAUAGAAAAAAAAAGUCUGGUAGAAUGCAGUUAAAUUGGUAAAGUAACUUUCCAGUAAUUUUUCCCUAAGGCAGUGGACAUUUAGCUGGUUGUUUGCCCCUGUUCUCAGUUUGUGUGGGCUGGUUCUUGCUACAUUUACUGUCCUCGUAUUUUCUGAUCGUCCAAAUACUGUGUAAGAGUCGGACACAAAGGCAGCUGGUUGUUAUCUUGGUCUUCUCUCCAGUUUGAGUACAGGGAUCAUUUGGUACAUCUCUUGUCCACUUGUUAGUUGUUUGAAAUUUAGCACAGGGGAAGAGAGAAAUGCUUCCAUCUGUGGGUUUACUUCCCCGUUGCCCACAACAGCUGGUUCUUGACUAGACUGUAACCAGGAGUCUGGCACUCAGUCAAGGUCUUCCAUGUGGGUGGCAAGGGCCCAAGCACUGGCACCAUCAUCCGCUGCCUUCUAGAGUGCGUUAGCAGGAAGAUGGCAUCAGAGGCAGAGCUGGAACUCGGGCCAAGCCACUCUCAGCCACAGUCGGGACUCGCUGUGUGAUUGAUCACAGAGCUUUGCUCUCUGUGUACAUCCACGGUUUAUCUUUCUGAGGAGUUCGGUCUGCAGAAAACCCGUUGGCUCUUUUAGGGCAUUUUACACAAGCCUUUGAAGAACGGCCAUAGAGACCAGAGAGGGCUAAGUGCCACAUCCUAGCCAUGGUCUUUCCUUAAAGUCAGCAGAAAUAUGCAUAAAAUAUUUUUGAUAAAAAAAAUCAAACAUUGACUAGGUCUGAAACUAAAACUUCUGUAAAUUUAGUCCUUUAUACUUUUAUUAUCUAAAACAUAAUGCAAAAUCUGACUGCUUCCCCUAUUGCAUUCCACACAGUCUUCGUGACCCUUAGAAAAUAACUUCAACAAGGGUCAGUAUAAAAGAUUG